UACCAUAUGUUCCACCAUCUAUAAAUUACAGGCACUCCAAUUGCAUUCUCUACCAUAGCAAACUAAACCCUUCAAUUGCUUACAGAAAGAAUAUAUUAAACCUUCAAUUGUUCACAGUAAAGAAUAUAUAUUAAAACCCUUUUAGACAUAUAACAUAUUAUUACCGGCAGAAACAGGAAGCAAGCAGCUUAAAGAUGUCUGUAACAGUUAAGGCAGUUGUUACAGUUAAAGAAACUGAUGAUGGGUUAUUAUCUAACAUUAGUUUAACAACUCCUAUUGAUGGCCUAAAAGAUCUUCUGGGAAAAACUUUCCUUCUGGAGCUUGUUAGUUCGGAGCUUCAUCCAUCGACGAAUUUGGAGAAGGAAGGGAUCAAAGGGUAUGCUCGUAAGGUCAGUGAGAAAGAUAAUGUGGUGAAAUACGAGAGCAAAUUCAACAUUCCAAAAGAUUUUGGAGAGGUUGGAGCUAUUCUGGUGGAGAAUGAAACAACAAAAGAAAUAUUCAUCAAUGAUAUUGCUCUUGAAGGCUUCUCCAGUGGUCCUGUUAAUUUCGCCUGUGAGUCUUGGGUUCACUCCAAGUAUGCUAAUCCUGACAAGAGAAUUUUCUUUAGCAACAAGUGUUACUUACCGUCAGAGACACCAAGUGGAUUGAAGAAGCUAAGGCAAAAGGAAUUGGAAAAUCUACGUGGAAACGGAAAAGGAGAGAGGAAGGAAUCUGACAGGAUUUAUGAUUAUGAUACAUACAAUGAUCUUGGUGAUCCAGAUUCGGACAUUAAUCUCCUAAGACCUGUUUUGGGUGGCAAGAAACAUCCAUACCCAAGACGUUGCAGAACGGGACGCAAACCUUCUAAAACUGAUCCACAAUCUGAAUCAAGAAGCAGCGACGUUUACGUGCCGAGGGACGACAAAUUCUCAGACAUAAAGCAAGAUGCAUUCACGGAAAGGACCCUCAAAAAUGUGCUGCACAGCCUACUGCCACAAAUUGCAACAAGAAUUGUUGAUGAAACCCUUGGAUUCCCUAAUUUCACUGCCAUUGACUCACUGUUUAAACAGGGUAUCUUGCUGCCCAAGGGUACCAAUGUUGGGGCUUUUCCCAAGUUAGUCCAGACUCUUGCUGAGACUGGACAAAAUAUUCUUCUCUUCCCGACUCCAGAACUGUUCGAGAGAGAUAAGUUUUCUUGGUUCAGUGAUGAAGAGUUUGCUCGCGAAACUCUUGCUGGUCUGAACCCAUUCAGCAUUGAAUUAGUCAGGGAAUGGCCAAUAAGAAGUAAACUUGACCCUAAAACCUAUGGUCCUGCUGAUUCAUUGCUUACGGAAAAACUAAUUGAAUACGAGAUCUGUGGUACAGUGACUGCUGAAGAGGCUUUCAAGCAAAAGAGGCUCUUUAUGUUGGAUUAUCAUGACUUGCUCUUACCAUAUGUGAGCAAAGUUAGAGAGCUUGAAGGCACCACAUUGUAUGGUUCCCGAACACUAUUCUUCCUUACUAACGAUGGCACAUUGAAACCUGUUGCCAUUGAGCUCACUCGCCCACCUAUUGGUGACAAGCCAGUAUGGAGGCAUGUGUUUACACCAAGCUUUGAUGCCACUAGUUGCUGGCUCUGGAGGAUGGCUAAGGCUCACGUUUGUGCUCAUGACUCUGGCUACCAUCAGCUUAUUGUUCACUGGCUAAGGACUCACUGCGUCACAGAGCCUUAUAUAAUUGCAGCUAACAGGCAACUAAGUGCAAUGCAUCCAAUCUACAGACUUCUGUUACCUCACUUCCGAUACACAUUGGAAAUCAAUGCUCUUGCUCGGGAUAGCCUCAUAAAUGCAGGUGGAAUCAUUGAGAGCAGCUUUUCUCCAGGAAAAUACUCCAUGGAGUUUAGUUCAGUUGUCUAUGACAAGCUUUGGCGGUUUGAUAUGGAGGGUUUGCCAGCUGACCUCAUUCGAAGAGGGAUGGCCGUUGAGGACCCAACAGCAACGCAUGGCCUGAAGCUAGCAAUUGAAGACUACCCAUUUGCCAAUGAUGCUCUGAUCAUGUGGGAUUCCAUUAAGCAAUGGGUGACUGACUAUGUGAAUCACUACUAUCCGGAAGCAAAGAAAGUGGAAAGUGAUAGUGAGCUUCAAGAUUGGUGGACAGAAGUUCGAACAAAAGGACAUGGAGACAAGAAAGACGAACCAUGGUGGCCUAUCCUCAAAACUCAAGAUGAUUUGAUUGAAACUUUAUCUACUAUAAUUUGGGUAAGUUCAGGUCACCAUGCAGCUGUGAACUUUGGCCAAUAUCUAUAUGGUGGUUACUUCCCUAAUCGACCUUCGAUAGCUCGAACCAACAUGCCAAAUGAGGAUCCAAUAUCAAAAGAGGAUUUCAAUCAGUUUAUUAAUAAACCAGAAAUCACAUUGUUAAGAUGCUUCCCUUCACAAAUUCAAGCAACACAAGUUAUGGCUGUUUUGGAUGUUCUGUCUACUCAUUCACCAGAUGAGGAGUAUAUUGGUCAGAAAUCGGAACCAUCGUGGGAUGAAGAUCCUGUCAUAAAGGCUGCAUUUGUAAAAUUCAAUGCCAAAAUGAAGGAGCUUGAAGCAAUCAUUGAUGACAAAAACAGUGACCCGAGUCUGAAGAACAGAUCUGGAGCUGGUGUUGUUCCAUAUCAGCUCUUGAAGCCAUUCUCAAAAGAGGGUGUUACAGGGAGAGGAGUUCCUACUAGCAUUUCCAUCUAAUACCUCAAGGGUUGAUAUCUUGUGUCAGGUAUACAGUAACCAAUAAUGUUCAAGUAUAGAAGGCUUUUAAGCAUCUGCGGCCCUGCAGAACAAUAAUUGCCCAAAAAAGUUUUAGGAAAUUUCAAUGUUCUUUUAUUCUUAUUAUUUGUAAAUGUGAUUAGUGUUUCUUCCAGAAAAUGUUAACUGUGUAAUCUAUCUUAUGGUUUCUUUCUA